UAUGCCUACGUAGUCGCCGUUCCGAGACAACCAGAUGGGUGCCAUAAAUUAAUGGCUGAUGCAUUAUAAAAUCCCGUCUCGCCAUUGAUAUACAGAAGAAGAAGAAGAAGAAAAAUGGGUGCCACGCUGAAUCUAGCGACCUUCUUCAUCCUCAUAAUGGCAUCAGAAAUGAGAAUGGUGGUCGAAGCUUCUCGGGUGUUCACAAUCAUCAAUGACUGCAAGGAGACCAUAUGGCCGGCGAUCACGCCGGGUGACAGCUUCGGCGGCGGGGGUUUCCAGCUAAAGCCCAGGCAGACGGCGGUGCUGACAGCGCCGGUGGGAUGGAGCGGCCGGAUUUGGGGGCGGACGGGGUGCAAGUUUGACAGCAACGGGGUGGGGACGUGCCAGACGGGGGCGUGCGGGACCGCCCUCAAGUGCGGGGCAUCGGGAGAACCGCCGGCGAGCCUGGCGGAGUUCACGCUGGCGGCGGUCGACUUCUACGACGUGAGCCUGGUGGACGGGUUUAACGUGCCGAUGGUGGUGACGCCGCUGAACGGUAAAGGGAACUGCUCGGUGGCGGGGUGCGACACCAACCUGCUGAACAGCUGCCCGGCGGAGCUGGCCGUGAGGUCGGGGAAGACGGUGAUCGCCUGCCGGAGCGCCUGCGACGUGUUCGACACCGACCAGUACUGCUGCAGAGGGGUGUACGGUAACUCCGCCACCUGCACCCCGACGUACUACUCGCAGAAGUUCAAGGAAGCCUGCCCGGCGGCGUACAGUUACGCCUACGACGACCCAUCCAGCAUCUUCACCUGCACCGGCUCCGACUACGUCAUCACCUUCUGCUCCUCCCGGAAACAGCCAGUGUGCACAUACCAUGACAACAAGCUGGUGUGCAGUGGAUCGAGCCGAACUCUUGGACUUGGAUGGAAGCCAUUAACAAUCUAUUCCUUCUUGACUGUGCUAAUUGCCUCAUGCUUUUCCUAGAUUUUAGUUGAUUUCUUUUCUCUCAAACACAUACAUAUGCAACUUGUAUGCAAGGAUUUUCUCAUUAAUGUAGUUUGUAACUCUUGAAGAGGAGCCAUUUCAUGCUCAAGCAGGGAGGAAUCCGUUGCUCCAAACACAAGAAAUCUGUAAAUAUGUGCACAAAUGUAAUUAUCUUAGUUUAUUGGAUAUGCAA